AUGUCUCAGCUGAAAUUUUUAAUAACUGAUCGAAAUCUAACCGACAAUAAAACGGAUGCAACGAAAAAUUCUUCAUAUAUUUAUCUCAUGUUUAAAGAUCCUGAAGAAAACAUAUGCUAUUAUUUACAAUCCCUAUCAAUGCCAGAAGAAUUAAUAAAUUUAAAUGCCGUAGCAGUUGGCCAUCGACCACUUAAUCUUACUCGUGCUCAGAUCAAUGCAGCAUUUGAUCGAUUACAUUCUAUUUUAUAUGGAAAUUCAUCGUCAAAGUUAAUUUAUCGAUUGGGAUGA